GUCAAUGAAGCGCAGCCUGAGGAAGAUCCUGCGCCCGGGGGAGAAGAAGGAACCCCAGGGCGUCGUCUACCAGGGAGUGGAGGACGACAUGGACGACUCCAAGGACUCUUUUAAGGUGGUUUUUGAGGAAAAUGCAUGUGGUUUACAAAACUUCGUGAAGAAGCAAAACAGAUUGAAAAAAUACAAUGAUACGAAUGCCUCCCAUUUGCAUCACGCUGCGGAGGAAGGUCAAGUGGAGCUGAUGGAGAUGAUCGUCAGUGACUCCUCUUGUGAAGAACUGAAUGUGACAGAUGAUUAUGGAAAUACCCCUCUGCACUGGGCUGCAGAAAAGAACCAGGCUGAAAGUGUUAAGUUUCUCCUUCUCCAAGGAGCCAACCCAAACCUCCGGAACUACAACCUGAUGGCUCCACUGCACGUGGCUGCACAGGGCUUGCACAAUGAGGUGCUGAAGCUCUUGGUUGAACACAGCAGUACUGACAUUAAUUUGGAAGGAGAAAAUGGAAACACAGCUUUGAUAAUCACAUGCUUCAAAGAUAACAGUGAAGCACUGCAGAUUUUGUUAAAUAAAGGAGCUAAUCUCUGUAAAUCAAAUAAAUGGGGAUGCUUCCCUAUUCACCAGGCUGCAUUUUCUGGUGCCAAAAAAUGCAUGGAAAUAAUACUAAAGUUUGGUGAAGAACAUGGGUAUAGCAGACUGUCUCACAUUAACUUUGUGAACAACGGGAAAGCUAGCCCCCUCCACAUGGCGGUCCAAAGUGGUGACCUAGAAAUGAUUAAAAUGUGCCUGGACAACGGUGCACAAUUGGACCUGGUGGAGAAGGGCAAAUGCACAGCCCUCCAUUUUGCUGCCACCCAGGGGGCCACUGAGAUUGUUAAACUGAUGAUAUCUUCAUAUUCUGGGAGCAGCGAUAUUGUCAAUGCAGUGGAUGGAAAUCAGGAGUCGCUGCUUCACAAAGCCUCAUUAUUUGAUCACCAUGAACUAGCAGACUACUUAAUUUCAGUGGGAGCAGAUAUUGAUAGCACCGAUUCCGAAGGACGUUCUCCACUUAUAUUAGCAACUGCUUCCGCAUCCUGGAAUACUGUAAAUUUGCUCCUCUCUGAAGGUGCCCGGGUAGACAUAAAAGAUCAUCUUGGACGUAAUUUUUUGCAUUUGACUGUACAACAACCUUAUGGAUUAAAGAAUUUGCGACCUGAGUUUAUGCAGAUGCAACAUAUUAAACAGCUGGUAAUGGAUGAAGACAAUGAUGGGUGUACUCCCCUACAUUAUGCGUGUAGACAGGGGGUCCCUGUCUCUGUAAAUAACCUGCUUGACUUCAAUGUGUCCAUUCACUCCAAAAGCAAAGAUAAGAAAUCACCCCUGCAUUUUGCAGCCAGUUAUGGGCGCAUUAACACCUGUCAGAGGCUCCUGCAAGACAUGAGCGACAGGAGGCUUUUGAAUGAAGGUGACCUUCAUGGGAUGACUCCUCUCCACCUGGCUGCAAAAAAUGGGCAUGACAAAGUAGUUCAACUUCUUCUGAAAAAAGGUGCAUUAUUUCUCAGUGACCACAAUGGCUGGACUGCUUUGCAUCAUGCUUCCUUGGGCGGGUACACUCAGACCAUGAAGGUCAUUCUUGACACUAACAUGAAGUGUGCUGAUCGGCCAGAUGAAGAAGGGAACACUGCGCUCCACUUUGCCGCAAGAGAGGGCCAUGCCAAGGCCGUCGCACUGCUCCUGAGCUACGAUGCCGACGUCGUCCUCAACAAGCAGCUGGCCUCCUUUCUGCACGUUGCAAUUCACAACAAGAGAAAGGAGGUGGUUCUCACGACCAUCAAGAACAAACGAUGGGAAGAAUGUUUUAUGGUUUUUAGUCAUUAUUCUCCAAGCAAUAAAUGUCCAGUCUUGGAAAUGGUAGAAUACCUCCCUGAAUGCAUGAAGGUACUUUUAGAUUUCUGCAUGAUACCCUCCACAGAAGACAAGUCCUCCCACGACUACCACAUUGAGUAUAAUUUCAGGUAUCUUCAAUGUCCAUUAGAAUUCACCAAAAAAGUAACACCUAUACAGGACAUUACAUACGAGCCUCUGAAAACCCUCAAUGUAAUGGUUCAACAUAACCGCACAGAGCUGCUCAACCAUCCUGUGUGUAAAGAAUAUUUACUUAUGAAAUGGUUGGCUUACGGAUUUAGAGCCCAUGUUAUGAACCUAGGAUCUUACUGCCUUGGGCUCUUGCCUAUGACCUUUCUAGUUGUCAAUAUAAGACCAGGUAUGGCUUUCAACUCAACUGGCAUCAUCAAUGAAACUAGCGAUCAUUCAGAAAUAUUAGACACCAAGAAUUCAUAUACUAUAAAAGUUUGCAUGAUUUUGGUUUUACUAUCAAGUAUAUUUGGAUAUUGCAAAGAAGUGGCUCAAAUUUUUCAGCAGAAAAUGAAUUACUUCUUGGAUAAUAAGAAUGCACUUGAAUGGGUUAUCUACACAACAAGCAUCAUUUUUGUGUCACCCCUGUUCAUUGAUAUACCAGCCUAUGUGCAGUGGCAAUGUGGAGCCAUCGCUGUACACUUCUACUGGAUCAACUUCUUAUUCUAUCUUCAGAGAUUUGAAAAAUGUGGCAUUUUUAUUGUGAUGUUGGAGGUAAUCAUGAAAACUCUGUUGAAAUCUACAGUCGUGUUUGCCUUCCUUUUUGUGGCUUUUGGACUCAGCUUUUAUGUCCUCCUGAGUGUACAGGAUGCUUUCAGCUCUCCGCUGCUUUCUGUAAUGCAGACCUUCAGCAUGAUGCUAGGAGAUAUCAGCUAUCGCGAUGCCUUCCUAGAACCGUUUUUGAGAAAUAAACUGGCAUAUCCAAUUCUAUCCUUUGUGCAACUUAUUUUUUUCACCAUUUUCGUCCCAAUUGUCCUCAUGAAUUUACUUAUUGGUUUGGCAGUUGGUGACAUUGCUGAGGUCCAGAAGCACGCACUGUUGAAGAGGACUGCUAUGCAGGUGGAACUUCAUACCAGCUUAGAGAAGAAGCUGCCACUCUGGUUCCUACACAAAGUCGAUCAGAAAUCUAUUGUCGUGUACCCCAACAGACCCAGAUAUGGUGGAGGACUCUUACGUGGUGUAUUUCAUUAUAUCUUCUGCACCCAAGAAGCAAGACAAGAAAUACCAAAUGUUGAUACAUCUUUGGAAACCGAAAUAAUAAAGCAAAAAUACCGGCUGAAGGAUCUCAGUUCUCUUCUGGAAAAACAGCAUGAACUUAUUAAACUCAUCAUUCAGAAGAUGGAGAUCAUCUCUGAGACAGAAGAUGAAGAUUACCAUAGUUCUUUUCAAGACAGGUUUAAGAAACAGCAGUUAGAACAGAGGAAUAGCAAGUGGAAUUCUGUACUGAGAGCAGUAAAGGUGAAAACACAGUGCCCUUAGCAUGGGUUGUCCACGCCUGCAGUGGGGCACCCACUGGGGGUGUGUGGCCUGACUUACUGCGUCUAAGUUUCAAUUUGGAAAGAGGGAGGAAAAAGCAGACAUACAAUUCUGAUUUCACUACAUGUAAAAUCAUGGUCCCUGCAUUCUGUAUAAAACAUAGACUCUCUCUCU